UUAACAUUUCCCAAAUCCUCGGUCUUAGAUAUCGGUUGUGACUGUAUUAUUGAUUUAAUUUUUAUAUAAUUUUGACAUAAUCCCUUGUGUAACUAACGUGAUUGACGCGUGUCUGGACCAAUCAGAGACAACGUUGGGUUUCGUUUUGGGCGCAGCUGUCCAAUCACCGCACAGAUCCCGCCUUUUCUCGCGAGUGUUCCGUGUGUUUUUGGCUGUCUGACUUCACUCCGGCUCGGGCAGAAGGAGGCGGCUGAGUCUCAGGACGUUUUGUCUCGUUAAUUUCGAAGUCCGAGCUCCGCAAAGACCAUGAACAGUCUGCUGAGAUCCGCCGCGCGGGGUCUGCGCUCCGGCGCGGCGGUCUACGCGGCGCGGCGGGCGGACGGGCGCGUGUGCUCGGCCUCGGCCCGGUUCCUGUGCGCGGCGGCGGACCUGCAGAAGGACCUCGGGGACAUGGUGAAGAAGAACAAGGUGGUGGUGUUCAUGAAGGGGACCCCGGCUCAGCCCAUGUGCGGCUUCAGCAACGCCGUGGUCCAGAUCCUCCGGAUGCACGGCGUGGACCAGUUCGCGUCCUACAACGUGCUGGAGGACUCGGCGCUCAGAGAAGGAGUCAAAGUCUUCUCCAACUGGCCCACGAUCCCUCAGGUGUACUUCAACGGCGAGUUCGUGGGGGGCUGCGACAUCCUGCUGCAGAUGCACCAGAACGGGGAUCUGGUGGAGGAGCUGAAGAAGCUGGGCAUCAGCUCCGCGCUGCUGGAGGCUGAGAAAGAGUCCAAGUAGAGGACGAGGACGAGGACGAACGUCGAGACAGAGGACACAUUUAUCAGGUUUAACCCCCGCAAAGACGAUCACAAUCAACUCUGGAAGCAGCCACGAGCAAAAGCGCCCCCCGCCGGCCGAGAAGGCUCGGCGAGACGCACGAUUUCAACGACCUCAUGGGAUUAGUGGCAGCGCUGGAUCUGAAAUUAUUUUGACAUGUUUGUAUCUAUAGAGAGCGACAGAGAGCUCCUCUGAAUUUACACAGAUCACGUGAUGAAUGAAAUACAACAUUUACUCUGCAAAAAGGCGAAAAACGAACCAAAGCAGUCAGGUCUGUGCCAAGAAUUUACAAAAAGAGCGAAAAGAUUCUGAAAUCCUCUUUCUGAUAAAGUCCGGUGAUUUUUCUCGGUGUUUUUUUUCUUCUUAUCUCACCAAACAUCAUCUGAUCCAUUUAAAAAAAAAAUAAAGAUUACAGCAGAAUUAAGAUUUCAUUAUCACAGAACAAAAAACUCGCUCUGAAUAUUUUUCUAUCAUUUCUAAAUUCACCAAAGUCUAAAUAUUAUGCUUAACCCUUUAAAACCUGAGCAAAAUGUUUUU